UUUGUUUUCAUGUUUCGACAGUGGAACAACACAUGGCGGGGGGAAAGCAGCACCGAGGACCUUUCCAGGGGGUCCGUGUGAAGAACUCGGUGAAGGAGCUCCUGCUGCACUUCAGGAGCAGCAAACAGAUGUCCUCGGGCUCCGCCGCGGAGGAAGGCAAGGCACAAGGAGGAUUGGUGAGCUACGACCAGUACACAGCAGAGCCUAAGAGCAUACUAGGUCACAGUGGCAAAAGAAAGGCUCCUGAGCUCCUUUCUGAUGGACCUUCUUUCAAACGCCAAGCUAAUGUUCACCCACACCUCCUGACACCACCCCAGACACCAACUUCUAUGGAUAGCAUGGAGGAGACUCAUAAAAAUGAUCCAAAGCACGACAGCAGUUCUGACCUGCUUCAGAACAUUAUAAACAUCAAGAAUGAGUCGAGCCCCAUUUCUCUGAACACGGUGCAGGUUAGCUGGUUGCCCACUAUCUCCAGUCACAGCUCGCCCAGUGAGCAGUACCAGGACAGCCCGGGAACACAGGCUUUCUCACCGUCCCAGAAGUACCAAGCAUUCCAAGAUCACACCUCCCAGCAUAUGCUUGACCCGCCGCAGCAUUACCAGUUCCCUCCAUCCCAGAACCAAGAUUUGUCACAGAGCUAUCCUUCGGAAGCCUCCCUGGAGUACAGGCCAUUUGCUGCCAGUGACCAGUCUCCUGGCUACCAGCAGAAUUCCUUUGAGAGCCAUGAACUGCAGUACUGCCCGUCGCAGAGCUUCUCCUCCCUCUUGAACGACUCUGAAGGCUCGGAGGGCAUCUCCACUCCCAUCCAGCCGCUGACCAGUGCCCACCCACAGGCUGAUGUCGACCCCCACACUCCGAACUUCAGCUUGCUUUCCAAUACCAUCUGUAGUAGUCUGGAGCGCAGUGUCUCUUUGGCUGCUUUGAAUGUCUCGCUACCUGACCAAAACAUUGCCAGAAGCACGUCGCAGCUGGGCAAGUCAUUUUUUCAGUGGCAGGUGGAGCAGGAGGAAAACAAACUGGCUAACAUCUCUCAAGACCAGUUCCUUGCAAAAGACUCAGAUGGAGACACCUUCCUUCACAUUGCUGUUGCCCAGGGCCGACGAGCGCUCUCCUACGUUCUUGCAAGGAAGAUGGCUGCUCUGCACAUGCUGGAUAUUAAAGAGCACAAUGGCCAGAGUGCUUUCCAGGUUGCUGUAGCUGCCAAUCAGCAUCUCAUUGUGCAGGACUUGGUUAGCUUAGGGGCUCAAGUCAACACCACAGACUGCUGGGGUAGAACGCCACUGCAUGUUUGCGCUGAGAAGGGGCAUGCCCAGGUCCUUCAGGCAAUCCAAAAGGGAGCCAUGGGAAGCAAUCAGUAUGUGGACCUUGAGGCAACAAACUAUGAUGGUUUGACGGCAUUGCACUGUGCUGUUCUGGCCCAUAAUGCUGUGCUGCAUGAACUGCAAAACAGUCAGCCACCUCACUCCCCUGAGGUUCAGGAGCUUCUGCUGAGAAACAAGAGCCUGGUAGAAACCAUCAAGACUCUGAUACAAAUGGGAGCCUCUGUUGAAGCAAAAGAUCGCAAAAGUGGUCGUUCAGCUUUACAUUUGGCAGCAGAAGAAGCAAACCUGGAGCUCAUUCGUCUCUUCUUGGAGCUGCCCAACUGUCUCUCUUUUGUUAACGCAAAGGCUUACAAUGGCAACACAGCCCUCCAUGUGGCUGCCAGCCUGCAGUAUCGGGUGAGUCAGCUGGAUGCUGUGCGCCUGCUAAUGCGGAAAGGGGCUGAUCCAAGUGCCAGAAACUUGGAGAAUGAGCAGCCAGUUCAUCUGGUUCCUGAUGGCCUUGUAGGAGAACAGGUAAAAAACCAAACAGCCUGCUGCUCUGUUCCCAUCUGUCCUAUCUACACAAAGGUCUUAUUCCUCUCCAGAAGUUUCUUGUGGGUUUUGAGAUGCAGCUUUUAAGGAAAGGAUUUAGCAAAUGCCAUUUUAUUUGGGAAUCUUUGGUUUCAGUAUCAGGAUCAGACAGAAUAUACCAAGACCUGAAAUUAGGGGUUUCACUUGCAGCUUUUAUUUUUUCUAUCUCAGAAGCUUUUUCCUGUCAAGAUAGGUUUUUUUAAUUUGUAACUUUGCAACAUACUGGAUGUCAUGUGCCUUCUGUUGUUCAUCUCUGUAUGGCCUGAGAUCAUGCUUGUGUUGGUCUUGUCAUAAUGAGUAAUGGUAGUUCUUAGACCUGAAUAACAGAUGAAAAUCCCUUUUUCUUAGGAGCUGUACAAAUACAUGAUGAAAAAUGUGACUCUUGACCUAAGAAAGUAAUAACUUAAGCAACUGAGCAAUUCUGUUGCCUUUCAUUGAUUCAAAUACUGUAAAAUUGGAUCGGUUCUGGUGUAACUGCAAUUGGAGCCUAGGCUCAGAUACAUGAGGAGUGUGGCGCUGAGUCUAGGGUUUUUUAUUUGGAUUAUGACUCACUUUAGGGUGAUGAAUACUAAUGUUUUUGUCUCUUUCUCUUUUCCAGAUAAGACGUAUUCUAAAAGGGAAGGCGAUUCAGCAGAGAGUGUCGCCAUUUUAAACUCCAUGUUUCUUGGAGUUCAGCAACUCACACUCACUGUCAGUCAGGCAGUCCUAAUGUAUCUGUAAAUAGACCAUUUGCCUGGUGUGGGCAAAUGUUAGUUGUUUCUAUGAAACAAAAGUAUUUUGUUCACUAUUAUAUAGUGGGUUAUACAAGAGUUAAAAAAAAAAAUCCAAACCAAAACCACCCAACAAUCAAAUUCCUCUGAGAAAAUGGGAGUGUUUCAUUCCCGAGUAUGUGAAACAUUUGUCUGGAUACCUGGAUUUCAUAGCUACAGCAAGAUCGAUUUUUAUUUAAACAGCCAUGCAGAUAACUUCUGGACAAGGAGAAUUCUACAGGAAAUCUUUUUAUUUAGAGAGGGCUGAUACAUGUCCACAUUGCAGAGGUUUUUUUAUUGUGUUUUUAGUAACACCUAAGUGCAAGAGAAAUAUUUUUGAAGUUGUUUAUUUAUGUAACUUUGUAGCUUUCUUCCAGUAUCUUGUGCAGGAUUGUAUAUAGUCACUGGCAUUAUUGUACAGCUGUAUAGUUCUAAGAAUCUAUUGAUCACUUGGGAAAUGAACUGAAGAAAAAAGUUCCUUUAUCUUGAACUUGUAAAUUGCAUAUAGAGUUGUAAUACUACACAGGUGCAAAUUGGGUGAAUUCUGUUGUGUUGAAAGACUGAAAGUACAUUUAAGAUAGAUUUGUCCAAAUUUGCACUGAUUUGUGCAUGUUCUUGGAGUUGUUAGUAAAACAUGAAAAGCCAGUCUUUUUCAGGGGACUGUAUCAGUUUUUCUUGUACCCAGUAGAGGUUUUUCUUUUGAUGAGACAGUAGAUUGGAGGAGAAGGAUCAUGACUUUUAUUGUGUGUAUAUAACUUUGUUGUGCUUUAAAGAAUAUGAUCCUGAUUCAGUGAAAGUAUUUAGCAUGUACUUAACUGUUGAUGCGUGCUGAAAUCUCUCCAUGUUAAUUAUAAUACUUCGAUAUGUGUAAGCCCCACUAGUGUCAGUAGGACUUAAGCACAUGCGUAAGUAGUUUGGUGAAUUGAGCUCUAGUUAAUUCUAGAGACUUAGUGUUUUUCACCUCCUAAGCAGAGUUAGUCCAUUUAUGUUUUUACCUUAUAGGUAUAGUAGCUAGCCAGGUAAUAUUUGAAGUUAACAUUUUUCUAUUUUUUAAUAAUUGUGGGUAUUAAUCAAAAUGUGUACUGAUGAUGCUGUAUACUUAUGUUGGAGAGAACUUUUCUCCUGUCACUUUCUGAAUGAUACAUGCUGGGCUGUAAUCCAGUAGUAUGUUCUCUGUAUGGUAUUUGCUGCUUAAACUGCUCUUGAGUCACAUGCAGUUCUCUGCUUAACUGUUUAAUUAGUCUGACUGCUGUUUUGACAAAGUAUGUCUUGUAGACAAGCUAAGUGGAAAAAAAUCUACUAUGUGGAGGCCUAUUUGUGAUGUAUUUCUUGAAAGGGUCUCAUGUAACUUGCAUUUGAAUAAA